GAGGGGUGAAAGUCACAGCUGAGCAUCAUGGCGCUGCUGCUGGGACGUGUGUGUGCAGCCCUCGGCGUGCGGGCGGCUCGGGGCGGGCCGAGCAGGCCCACCGGGGCCGUCCUGGGCAUCGCAGCUCCGCGGCUCUACAGCUCCGACCUCAAGGACGAGCUGCGGGUCCGAUACCUGGACGGGGAGGACCACGGCAUCGUCGUCAUUGGGCUCAAUCGACCAAAAGCCAAAAACUCCAUCAGCAAAAAUCUGGUCAAAAUGAUGUUUGAGACUGUGGAGGACAUCAAGAAAAACAACAAAGUGCGCAGCGUCAUCUUGUGCAGUUUGGUUCCUGGCAUCUUCUGUGCAGGUGCAGACCUUAAAGAGCGGGCAAAGAUGCACCAGAGCGAAGUGGGACCAUUUGUUUCUAAAGCCAGAGCCCUCAUCACAGAGCUGGGAAAUCUGCCGAUGCCGACGAUCGCUGCAAUCGAUGGAGCAGCUUUAGGAGGUGGUUUAGAGAUGGCGCUCGCUUGUGACAUCAGAAUCGCCUCAAAUUCUUCAAAAAUGGGACUUGUUGAGACAAAACUGGCGAUCAUUCCUGGAGCAGGUGGGACGCAGCGUCUUCCACGGGUCAUCGGGGUCCCCCAGGCCAAAGAGCUGAUGUUUGCCGCCCGGGCUGUGGACGGACAGGAGGCGAGCCGCCUGGGCCUCGUCAAUCACUCAGUGGAGCAGAACAACAGUGGUGACGCCGCCUACCUGAGGGCUCUGGAGCUGGCCCGGGAGAUGAACCCGCAGGGUCCGAUCGCCAUAAGGAUGGCAAAGCUAGCAAUCAACCAGGGGAUCGAGGUGGAUUUAGCGACAGGUCUGGCGAUCGAAGAGGCCUGCUAUGCCCAGGUGAUACCAACUAAAGACCGGCUAGAGGGUCUGGCUGCGUUCAAGGAGAAGAGGCGUCCUCAGUUCAAGGGGGAGUGACGUCGGCCUCGUUCCACAGCUUCACCAGUUCACGGGUGGAACUGGACCACGACCACAUUAACCAGAACAGAACCCAGAGGACUUCAGUAUGAUGGCAGGGCGUCACGGCUGAUGGCGGCUGCUGAUAUGAGUGGCGGGGAGGGGCGUUAAGUGGAUGUGAUGGCUAAUUGCUUUUGAGGAAACCAGAAACGAACCGAGCCUCGGCCACUUCCUGUCAAGCUAAAAACAUUUGUAACGUAAAAACAUAAAUUAUCACUCUUCAGUUUGAUCGGCGGGUCGUCGGCAGAAGCAGCAGCGCUGAAGCUGCAGAAACCUCGACCAGUGUGUGAAUCCUGCGCCUCAAACGUGUAGCUCAUGGGUUUAUUGCCUUUUUAAAAGUUUAAUUUGCAUAGAAAUGCAUUUGUUGAUUCAACACUGUGUAAAAGAAAAACACUUAAAGCAGUGACGCGUGUUUUUUGGGUUUGAGACUUGUUUGUUGUUGUUUGUCAGAUAAUGAGAUCUCAACAUGUGGAGACUAAUCAAGAGCCUUUGAAACGUACCGGUCUAGUGAACUGGUCCCGGUACGCUGCACUACGGACGCUAACCAGAGCUUUUCACGUACCCGCCUGCAGGAUGCUUUUCCAGUCGUCGCUGCAGUACACACAGAUGACCAUGUACCUGUCAUGAGCAGUCAUCUUUCCCUCCAUGCAGCUUCUUUUGCCUUUGUCAAUCAGUCUUCAUUGUAAACCAGCAUCCAGCCUCAAACUGUGAAGUGCAGCCGUGUCGGACAGCUAAGAAUAAAUCUAUUAGACAUGUUGAUUCCAA